AUAAUAUUCCCUCCCCUACAAAAAGAAAACUCCUCGGUCAAGUUCCCUUUUCCACGAGCCAUCACAUUCAUUAUUAUUUAUUUCCUUUCCUUCAAUCAUUUCGUUUCUCUCCAGUUUCAUGUCUUCAAUGAUAACCUCACAAGGGGUGCUCUUAGCCACCGCCAUGGCCGUCUCAGGCACAGUCAUCGUUCUUGCUCUGCGCCUCCAACGAUCUUUCCUAGCCAUCCAAUUCCCGGUUCAUGAAAUUUCUCACCCAUCUACUCCAAUUCUGCGAUCUUGCAUAUCCUCAGUUCGGAACAAGAGGGAGAAGAAGAGGGUGCACUUUGCGGAUGAUGUGGUGGAUUCAUGUGGGGACGGAGAAGAGUUCAGGAGGCAGCAACGUGUUAAUAGAAACUUUUGGUGUUCAAAAUCAGAAUCUAAGGUUCGGAAGAAUUGUGAAGGCAAGAGUGAUGUUAGAGGAAUGCCAGCUAAUAGGGUAGCCCUCUAUAAUGGAAUUCUCAGGGAUCGUGUGGCCCAAAGAAUGACUUACUCGUACUGAUUUUUUUUCUGUGAUUAUGUUAAUUGUGUGAUUACUGAUUAUGCCUUAAUUUCCCUCUUGUUCUUCUUUUUUUAUAAGUAUUUUUCCUCAUUAGUAAAAUUUGUAAAAGGAGAUAGAAACAAAGGGAAAUAUUGCUGGUGACAACAACAAAGUUCGAUUGCUGCAGGAAUAA